ACUGGUGUUCAUUGUUGUCUCUUCCUGUUUGGUGUUGCCUAGUUGUCAGAAGCAUGUUGGACUUGAACUACUCCUAUCAGUUGAGACGCAGAAAGACAGCUCAUCUACAAUCUCUGACAGCACAGUGAUUUUUGGGCUUUCUCUCUCUCUCAGCUGUGUGUCACUGCGACUCACUGUAAGCCAGCCAAACAAGCUGACAUGGCACUUAUGAAUCCCCAAGUAAAGCCUCAGGCAGAGAUGUUGCCAGUAAAAUCCAGAGGCUAGUUAAAAAUAACUUAUUUCUCUCUGAGGGAACGAAGCAGCAGCUACCCAGGUGUGACUGGUCAUCUAAUGUGGGAAUGACUAGAGAAACUUUCAUUCAUCAUUUCACUUGAAUACAUUCAAUGGCAUGGCACCGUCAGAGGACAGUGUGACUGCCUGGAGCUGUAAGCAGGUGGCCCAGUGGCUGCAGGAAGAAGGUUUCGGGGAGUAUGUGGAGCUAUUUUGCACCCAGCACCGCCUGGACGGCCCCAGCCUGCUGGCUCUGACUGAGGCUGACCUGCGCGGGCCUCCGCUGGGCCUCACUGUGCUGGGAGACAUCAAGAGGCUGACCAUAGCCCUCCGCCGGCUCCAGAGACAGAACCAGGCCCAGCUGGAGGAGCUGGGUCUCCGGCCUACAGCUGCGCUCUCGCUGGCUGCCACAGGGGUCGAAUGGAGCUGCGACGGAGCCGACAGGAGGUAUAACGGAGGUGAUCGCUCGUGUAACGGGACUGAGCUUCGGCUGAGGAACGGUGAUAGAUCUGGAUACGGUUCAGGAGCGGCGCUGUGUCAUGCACACUCCAACGGGAGGUGUAGGGAGCACCUGGCUGGCAGAUUGGACCCAGAGGUGUGGAAGACAGUCAUCAGCUCCUUAUAUGUCUUUUCUGUGUUUGGAUUCACAUCUUUUGUCAUGGUCAUCGUACAUGAGCGAGUCCCGGACACAAGGACAUACCCACCACUGCCUGACAUAUUUCUGGACAGUGUUCCUAGAAUCCCUUGGGCUUUUGCAAUGGCUGAAGCCUGUGGCCUCAUCCUGUGUUACAUGUUUCUGUUGAUCCUGCUCCUUCACAAACACAGGUCCAUUCUCUUCAGGCGACUGUGCUCUUUGAUGGGCACUGUAUUUCUGCUUCGUUGUUGCACCAUGUUUGUCACCUCACUCUCUGUGCCUGGGCAGCACCUGAAGUGUGCCAGUAAGACGUACGGUGAUACCUUGGGAAAGAUACAGAGGGCACUAGCGAUCUGGAGUGGAUUUGGGAUGACUCUGACAGGCGUCCAAACGUGUGGAGACUACAUGUUCAGUGGACACACUGUUGUCAUCACAAUGCUCAACUUUUUUGUGACUGAAUACACUCCACGAACCUGGAAUCUGAUUCACACUAUCUCCUGGGUGUUAAACCUGUUUGGGAUUUUCUUCAUUCUGGCGGCUCACGAGCACUACUCCAUCGAUGUGUUCAUCGCCUUCUACAUCACUACCCGCCUCUUCCUCUACUAUCACACGUUAGCCAACACCCGUGCCUACCAGCAUAGCCGGAGGGCGCGCAUCUGGUUCCCCAUGUUCUCCUUCUUUGAGUGCAAUGUGAAUGGACCUGUCCCCAACCAGUAUCACUGGCCCUUCAACAAACCUGCCUUCAUGAAAACUCUGAUUGGAUAGAGUAUACUUUCAAAGGUCAGCGGCUGCAAUGUGAGUGGACUGUAAUAUUAAAGAGAAUGAAACUUU